AUGGAGCCAUCCUCCCCGCAGGACGAGGGCCUGAGGAAGAAACAGCCCAAGAAGCCGCUGCCGGAGCUCCUGCCCAGGCCGCCCCGGGCGCUGUUCUGCCUGACCCUCCAGAACCCCCUGAGGAAGGCUUGCAUCAGCAUCGUGGAGUGGAAACCCUUUGAAACCAUCAUUCUGCUCACCAUCUUUGCCAACUGUGUGGCCCUGGCUGUGUACCUGCCCAUGCCCGAGGAUGACAACAACUCACUGAACCUUGGCCUGGAGAAGCUGGAGUACUUCUUCCUCACCGUCUUCUCCAUUGAAGCUGCCAUGAAGAUCAUCGCCUAUGGCUUCCUCUUCCACCAGGAUGCCUACCUGCGCAGUGGAUGGAACGUGCUGGACUUCAUCAUUGUCUUCCUGGGGGUCUUCACCGCAAUUCUGGAACAGGUCAACGUCAUCCAGAGCAACACGGCCCCGAUGAGCAGCAAGGGAGCUGGCCUGGACGUCAAAGCCCUGAGAGCCUUCCGUGUGCUCAGACCCCUCCGGCUGCUGUCGGGGGUGCCCAGCCUGCAGGUGGUCCUCAAUUCCAUCUUUAAGGCCAUGCUCCCCCUGUUCCACAUCGCCCUGCUGGUCCUCUUCAUGGUCAUCAUCUACGCCAUCAUCGGGCUCGAGCUCUUCAAAGGCAAAAUGCACAAGACCUGUUACUACAUUGGGACAGACAUCGUGGCCACAGUGGAGAAUGAGAAGCCCUCUCCCUGCGCCAGGACAGGCUCGGGCCGCCCCUGCACCAUCAAUGGCAGCGAGUGCCGGGGCGGCUGGCCGGGGCCCAAUCACGGCAUCACUCACUUCGACAACUUCGGCUUUUCCAUGCUCACCGUAUACCAGUGCAUCACCAUGGAGGGCUGGACUGAUGUCCUUUACUGGGUCAAUGAUGCCAUCGGGAACGAAUGGCCCUGGAUCUACUUCGUCACCCUCAUCCUCCUGGGCUCCUUCUUCAUCCUCAACCUGGUGCUGGGUGUCCUGAGCGGAGAGUUCACCAAGGAGCGGGAGAAAGCCAAGUCCAGGGGAACCUUCCAGAAACUGCGGGAGAAGCAGCAGCUGGAGGAGGACCUUCGCGGCUACAUGAGCUGGAUCACGCAGGGCGAGGUCAUGGAUGUGGAGGACUUGAGAGAAGGCAAGCUGUCCUUGGAAGAGGGUGGCUCCGACACAGAAAGCCUGUAUGAAAUUGAGGGCUUGAACAAACUCAUCCAGUUCAUCCGACACUGGCGACAGUGGAACCGUGUCUUUCGCUGGAAGUGCCAUGACCUGGUGAAGUCCAGGGUCUUCUACUGGCUGGUGAUCCUGAUCGUGGCCCUCAACACCCUGUCCAUCGCCUCGGAGCACCACAACCAGCCACCCUGGCUGACCCAACUGCAAGACAUCGCCAACCGCGUGCUGCUGUCGUGCUUUGCCAUUGAGAUGCUUCUGAAGAUGUACGGGCUGGGCCUGCGCCAGUACUUCAUGUCCAUCUUCAACCGCUUCGACUGCUUCGUGGUGUGCAGUGGCAUCCUGGAGCUUCUGCUGGUGGAGUCGGGCGCCAUGACGCCCCUGGGCAUCUCCGUGCUGCGUUGCAUCCGCCUCCUGAGGCUCUUUAAGAUCACCAAGUACUGGACAUCAUUGAGCAACCUGGUAGCCUCUCUGCUCAACUCCAUACGCUCCAUCGCCUCGCUGCUGCUGCUGCUCUUCCUCUUCAUUGUCAUCUUCGCCCUGCUGGGCAUGCAGCUCUUUGGGGGCCGAUACGACUUCGAGGACACGGAGGUGCGGCGCAGCAACUUUGACAACUUCCCCCAGGCCCUUAUCAGCGUCUUCCAGGUGCUGACAGGCGAGGACUGGAACUCCGUGAUGUACAAUGGAAUCAUGGCCUACGGCGGCCCGUCCUACCCCGGUGUGCUUGUGUGCAUCUAUUUCAUCAUCCUUUUCGUCUGUGGCAACUACAUCCUGCUCAACGUCUUCCUGGCCAUUGCUGUGGACAACCUGGCUGAAGCAGAGAGCCUAACCUCAGCACAGAAGGCCAAGGCCGAGGAGAGAAAACGCAGGAAGAUGUCCAGGGGUCUCCCUGACAAGACAGAGGAGGAGAAGUCCAUGAUGGCCAAGAAGUUGGAACAGAAGCCCAAGGGGGAGGGCAUCCCCACUACUGCCAAGCUGAAGGUUGACGAGUUUGAGUCAAAUGUCAAUGAGGUGAAGGAUCCCUACCCUUCAGCUGACUUUCCAGGGGAUGAUGAAGAAGAUGAGCCCGAGAUUCCAGUGAGCCCCCGACCACGUCCGCUGGCUGAGCUGCAGCUCAAAGAGAAGGCAGUGCCCAUUCCAGAAGCCAGCUCCUUCUUCAUCUUCAGUCCCACAAACAAGAUCCGUGUCCUGUGUCACCGCAUUGUCAAUGCCACCUGGUUCACCAACUUCAUCCUGCUCUUCAUCCUGCUCAGCAGUGCUGCGCUGGCUGCUGAGGACCCCAUCCGGGCCGAGUCCACAAGGAACAAGAUCCUUGGGUAUUUUGACAUUGCAUUCACUUCUGUCUUCACGGUGGAGAUUGUCCUCAAGAUGACGACCUUCGGGGCCUUCCUGCACAAGGGAUCCUUCUGCCGCAACUACUUCAACAUGCUGGACCUGCUGGUGGUGGCCGUGUCCCUCAUUUCCAUGGGACUUGAGUCUAGCGCCAUAUCUGUAGUGAAGAUCCUGAGGGUGCUAAGGGUGCUCCGCCCCCUCCGAGCCAUCAACAGAGCCAAGGGGUUGAAGCACGUGGUACAGUGUGUGUUCGUGGCCAUCCGCACCAUCGGGAACAUUGUCCUGGUCACCACCCUCCUACAGUUCAUGUUUGCCUGCAUCGGUGUCCAGCUCUUCAAGGGCAAGUUCUUCAGCUGCAACGACUUAUCCAAAAUGACGGAAGAGGAGUGCAGGGGCUACUACUACGUGUACAAAGAUGGGGACCCCACGCAGAUAGAGCUGCGCGCCCGCCAGUGGACACACAACGACUUUCACUUUGACAACGUCCUCUCUGCUAUGAUGUCACUCUUUACAGUCUCCACCUUCGAGGGUUGGCCUCAGCUACUGUACAAGGCCAUAGACUCCAACCAGGAGGACAUGGGCCCUGUUUACAACAACCGAGUGGAAAUGGCCAUUUUCUUCAUCAUCUACAUCAUCCUCAUCGCCUUUUUCAUGAUGAACAUCUUUGUGGGUUUUGUCAUCGUCACCUUCCAGGAGCAGGGGGAGACGGAGUACAAGAACUGUGAGCUGGACAAGAACCAGCGCCAGUGUGUGCAGUAUGCUCUGAAGGCCCGCCCACUGAGAUGCUACAUCCCCAAAAACCCAUACCAGUACCAGGUGUGGUACAUUGUCACCUCCUCCUACUUUGAAUACCUGAUGUUUGCCCUCAUCAUGCUCAACACCAUCUGCCUGGGCAUGCAGCACUACAACCAGUCGGAAGAGAUGAACCACAUCUCAGACAUCCUCAACGUGGCCUUUACCAUCAUCUUCACCCUGGAGAUGGUACUCAAGCUCAUGGCAUUCAAGGCCAGGGGCUACUUCGGAGACCCCUGGAACGUGUUCGAUUUCCUCAUUGUCAUUGGCAGCAUCAUCGAUGUCAUCCUCAGUGAGAUCGACACUUUCCUGGCCUCCAGCGGGGGACUGUAUUGCCUGGGUGGCGGCUGCGGGAACGUUGACCCAGACGAGAGUGCCCGCAUCUCCAGUGCCUUUUUCCGCCUGUUCCGAGUCAUGAGGCUGAUCAAGCUGCUGAGCCGAGCGGAGGGUGUGCGCACCCUACUAUGGACGUUCAUCAAGUCCUUCCAGGCCCUGCCCUACGUGGCUCUUCUCAUUGUCAUGCUCUUCUUCAUCUAUGCUGUCAUUGGCAUGCAGAUGUUCGGGAAGAUCGCCAUGGUGGAUGGGACCCAGAUCAACCGCAACAACAACUUCCAAACCUUCCCGCAGGCUGUGCUGCUGCUCUUCAGGUGUGCCACAGGGGAGGCGUGGCAGGAGAUCCUGCUGGCCUGCAGCUACGGGAAGCUGUGUGACCCCGAAUCGGACUAUGCCCCGGGCGAGGAGUACACGUGUGGCACCAACUUCGCCUACUACUAUUUCAUCAGCUUCUACAUGCUCUGCGCCUUCCUGAUCAUCAACCUCUUUGUGGCUGUCAUCAUGGACAACUUCGACUACCUCACACGUGACUGGUCCAUCCUGGGCCCUCACCACCUGGAUGAGUUCAAGGCCAUCUGGGCAGAGUACGACCCAGAGGCCAAGGGGCGAAUCAAGCACCUGGACGUGGUAACACUGCUGAGGAGGAUCCAGCCCCCUCUGGGCUUCGGGAAGUUCUGUCCCCACCGUGUGGCCUGUAAGCGCCUGGUGGGCAUGAACAUGCCCUUGAACAGUGAUGGCACCGUCACCUUCAAUGCCACGCUCUUUGCCCUGGUGCGCACAGCGCUCAAGAUCAAAACAGAAGGGAACUUUGAGCAGGCCAACGAGGAGCUGAGGGCCAUCAUCAAGAAGAUCUGGAAGAGAACCAGCAUGAAGCUCCUGGACCAGGUCAUCCCACCCAUAGGAGAUGACGAGGUGACGGUGGGGAAGUUCUAUGCCACCUUCCUCAUCCAGGAGCACUUCCGCAAGUUCAUGAAGCGCCAGGAGGAGUACUAUGGCUAUCGGCCCAAGAAGGACACAGUGCAGAUCCAGGCCGGGCUGAGGACCAUUGAGGAAGAGGCAGCCCCGGAGAUCCACCGGACCAUCUCAGGGGACCUGACCGCCGAGGAGGAGCUGGAGAGAGCCAUGGUGGAGGCUGCCAUGGAGGAGGGGAUCUUUCGGAGGACUGGAGGCCUGUUUGGCCAGGUGGACAACUUCCUGGAAAGGACCAACUCCCUGCCCCCCGUCAUGGCCAACCAAAGACCCCUCCAGUUUUCUGAGAUAGAAAUGGAGGAGCUGGAGUCGCCUGUCUUCUUGGAGGACUUCCCUCAAGACCCAAGCACUAACCCUCUGGCUCGUGCUAACGUCAACAAUGCCAACUCCAACGUUGCUCAUGGCAACAGCAAUCAUAGCAACAGCCAGACGUUUUCCAGCAUGCACUACGAAAGAGAGUUCCCAGCGGAGAUGGAGACACCUGUGAUGGGACGAGGAGCCUGUGGCCACCCUCUCAGGGCCCUGGGAGCCCGCAGCAAGCCCUGUUCAGAAAAACCGAAGGCACAGCUGGCCCAGAUGGUAAUGCCCACUGACCAAACCCCUCCUGCCUCUUGCCAGCAACCCAGCAUGGAUGCUCCAGAGCAAGGGCAGAGGAAGAACUCCUGGGCAGGGUCUCUGCAGGAGGAAGUGCCCCAGAGCAGGUGCUCCAAUGGGAGCACCCCUCAGCACCCAGGUCCUGCCAUAACCAUGCUGAUCCGAGAGGCUCUGCUUCGAGGAGGCCUGGACACCUUGGCAGCUGAUGCUGGCUUCGUCAUGGCCACAGGCCAGGCCUUGGCAGAUGCCUGUCACAUGGAACACGAGGAAGUGGAGGUGGCAGCUGUGGAGCUACUGAGAGAACGGGAGGCUAUACAGGGCACAGCCAGCACCCUGGGAAGCUGGGACCACAGCUCCUCCCUGCCUGGCCUUGACCAGAUGCAGGGCUCCCAGGAGCCCCUUGUUCCUCCCAAGCUGUGA